GAUUCAACGUAUGUUCUAUCAUGUCCUCGCGACUUCAACCGCAUGGAGGAGCAGGCCCUCCUCGAACAGCGCAAAGUGGAGCUGCGCCCCAACUUCCGCUCCAUGUUCAGCGACCACCCGCGCUACCCGCGCCUCAAAAUGUGCAUGCGCUGCCCGGACCGCGGCGCCGCCGAGCUGCUCACCUGGGACACCACACACAGGCCGGUGCAGGCGCAGGCGCUGGUGCCGACGCAGGCCCAGCCGAGCGCGCAGCCGGGCGCGGCAGGCGGCGCAAGGGCCGGGUUGUUCCGGCGGCCGGUGGCGGCGCUGCUGGCGCCCGUGGUGCCGCCCGUGCGCCUGGGCGCCCCGCCGCCCGGCGUGCCCGACGCGCUGCGCGGCCUCCCGCUCAACUCGCGCACGCCGCUCUCGCAGACGCCGUCGCCGCGGCGGCGCGGGCCGUGCUCGGCGCGCCACAAGGGCACGCAGACGGACUACCGCGAGGCGGAGACGCAGACUGCGCCGUGGCAGCCGCCCUACGAGAUCGGCCCCGGCCACCAGCCCGAGUGGCUGAUGCGCGAGCGCGAGAUCGAGGCGAACCACCGCGAGCGCAUGCGCCUGGCGCGCCUGCUGCUGGCGGAGCACCGCGCGCGCGCCGACCACCGCCUGGAGACGCGCCUGGCGCGCGCGUGGGCGCGCGGGGAGCGUGCCAAGGACCGCAAGAUCGGGCAGAUACGGCUCAAGCGCGACCGCGAGCUGCGCAAACUGUCGGAGGCGCACCAGGGUUUCCCGCGGCGGUACAAGCGGCUGCCGCCCAUCGAGGCGCACGCGGACCUGGCGUCGCAGCUGUACGGGCCGCUGGCGCGCUUCGGCGCCGACCCGUCGCAGCGCCACGAGGUCAUCGACGUGCCCUGCACCGCCACCCAGCGCCUGCAAGGGCUGGAGAUGCUGGAGCACGCGCCGCCAGAGGCUGAGCCGGCCUUCGACUUCCGACGCCACGCGCUGCCGCCCAAGCCCUACGUGCUGUGCACGCGCGAGACGCGCUGGUCCGAGCAGGCGCUGGACCAGCUGCUGGCCGAGAUGAAAGGCCAGCGAGAGUCGAGUGGUGCUGGCGGGCUGGGGCUGGUGCGGCGCAUCUACCAGGAGAGCAGCCCGCCCUCCACGCCCUCGCAGGAAGGCGUCUCGGACAAGGACGAGGAGAUCUACCAGUCGUCCGUCUUCCUGCAGAAGAUCAUCAAGGGCCGCGCCGUGCAGUGCCUGGUGGUGAAGGUGCACCAGGAGGCGGUGGACGUGUUCCUGGAGGACGUGAUCCUGCAGACGCUGCAGCGCACGUCGGACGCCGAGGCGCGGCGCUACGAGCUGGUGGCCGACCUGCUGCACAGCUUCCUGCUGCCCGAGGUGGAGAAGCAGCGCCUGCGCGAGCGCCACCUGGCCAAGCAGCGCGGGCUGCUGCGCGCCGCGCACGACGAGGUGUUCGGCCGCCUGCUGCGCCCGCGCCGCAGCCCCGCCGAGCCCCCGCCGCUGCCCGCGCCGCCGCUGCUCGACUUCUUCCCAGGUGCGGACGGCAUCCGCACGCGCGGCGCGGCGCGGCGCGGCGGCGCCCCUGUCGCCGCGAAACAUCGGUUCACAUGGGCGAUUCGCUAG